AUGCUCAAGAAACGGCAGCAACCCAAUGAUGACAAGAACAUUCAAGAGACCACGUCGUUAUCAGCCUCCAUUGAGGACUCCAAGAGUUCCUCAGGAAAUGUUACUGGCAAAAGGAAAUCUGAUGAGACUGAUGCAAACAAACAAACAAAGAAACGUGUUGCUGCAUCCAGAAUAACUGAAAUAUUUGAAAUUGAAACCAAGACAGAGGUGAAGAAGAUCAUGCAACGUGUCAAAAGCAAACUUGAUGAUCUGCCUUCUACAAAACUCAUUGACUUCCUCAGAGGUAAAAUCCAAACUUUGGAGAAAGACAAAAAAGAGAUAGUGGGUGUUUUUGGGAAGACUGGAGCUGGUAAGAGCUUCUUGAUUAACACCAUCUUGGGUGAGCAGAAACUGCUGCCCUCUGGAAACCAAGGGGCGUGCACCUCGGUCAUGAUUCAGGUGGAGACCAAUAUGACAGACUCGGACUCAAAAUACAUCGCAGAGAUUGAGUUCAUGACAGAGGAGGAAUGGAAAGAGGAGCUAUCGUCCAUCUUCAGAGACAGAUCUUAUGAGGAUGGAAAUGAUGAAGACCAGGAAAGGGAUGAUGAUGAUGAUGACGAUGAUGAAAAGAUAUCAGCUUUGUAUGGAAAAGAUGGACGUGGGGCAACCUUAGAAGAAUUAAUGGACAGAAUGCACUUCAGAGAAAUUCCAGAGUUUCGUUUAUCAGUGAAGAAAAUAUUUCUAUGUGACACAGCAGAAGAACUCUCUGAAAAGAUAACCUGUUACACACGGAGUGACACACAGAGUGAUACAUUUAAAAGACAGUAUUGGCCGCUUGUGAAGUGUAUAACCAUCAAGGUGCCAAACUCCAAAGACCUGCUGGAGCAUGUUGUGCUGGUUGAUCUUCCAGGCAAUGGAGACUGCAACAAGAGCAGAGAUGAGAUGUGGAAAUUGUUUGUUGGAAACUGCUCUGCUGUGUGGAUUGUAAGCGACAUUGCACGAGCAUGUUCAGAAAAGGAAUCAUGGGAGAUUUUAGACAGCACCGUUAGCCUCAUCGGGCCUGGUGGAGAAUGUCGAAGCAUCAGUUUCAUCUGCACCAAGACAGACGACAUUGAGGAAAAUCAAAAGGCAAAUGCACGUACCUCUAUUUUGCGCAGAAAUGAAACAACCAAGAGGCAAGUGAGGGACAAAUUCAACAAACAAAAAGAAGUCAAGAAACACUUCAGUGGGGGAAAGGAUUUCCUUCAGGUGUUUACUGUGAGUUCCAAGGAAUAUCAAAAGGAAAAGCAUUUGCAUCAAGAAGAGACAGAAAUACCCAAACUUCAGGAAUUUCUCAGAAAUCUCAAUGAUCGUAGUACAAAGACUUCAGAUUAUGUUUCUGGAGCCUAUGGGAUCCUCUCUCUGAUACAAGGAGCCAAAAGCAGUGACAUGACAGACAGCAAAGAAGAGGUGUACCAGGUUCUGGAACAGAGGCUCAAGGAUGAGAUCAAGUCCAUUGGUCAAACUAUGGAUGAGGCUUAUGAGACUUUUGAACGAUGCCUCUCAGAAGGAGUUCGACAGUCUGAAGAAUCAUGCGAGAAAUUAAUGAAUAAAGUGAUAGCACCAGGAGGGAAAAAAGGCAGUGGAUAUCAUAAAGUAGUGAAGUCUUUAUGCAAGAAUGGCGGUGUUUACAAACCAAAAGGGAAAAAGAAAAGCAGGGAAAUAAACCUUAAUGAGAGUUUAGCCUCAUGUAUGAGAAGUCUCAUUGAUGAAGAGUUUAAGACAUAUUUCCCAAACGAGGGCAAACGUGGCCCAAUCAGGGAGCAGAUUGAGAAUUCCUCCCUUGACACAAACAGCUUGGUUGGGGAGCACCAGGAAGUGUUACUUCAUCUGACAUUCCUCAAGGCAGAGGAAACUGAAUUGAAGGCAAAACUAAUCUGUGACCUCUGCGAGAAAAAGAAAAAGAUCUACUCCACUUUAACCGAGUCAAUCAAGGACUCCAUGCAUCGAUGCUAUAUAAGGGCAUCAGAGCAGACAGGAAAAGAUUCUCUGAAAAGGAUGAAAGAUGAGCUACAUCAUCACAUGAAGAAUAACAACAUUUUCCAGAAGGCUAAGAAAGAUAUGCUGGGUUGUUUAACCAACCUGAAGGAUCACAUCAUGAUGCAGCUGAAGUGUAAACUACAAGAAUCAAUGGAUCUCUCACUGAAGACCCCCAACAGCUCGUUCCUCCCAGAUGAUGUCACUGUGGAGUAUAACAAGAUGAAGAUGUGCUAUGAGAAACUGAUGGGUUGCUCUAGUACAGUACACUUCACUCCAAGACUGGAUUUACACACAAAAACUACCGUAUUUGAAUCACAGUCUGGGAAUGGUAGGAAGCGUGUGCAGGUGUCAACAGGUGUACCAAUGUUAACUCCUGAGAUUGUCAAAGAUCUUACAACACAUAACCACAAGCCUACGUAUAGGCUCCAAUGCCCCAAGGCAGGUCUUUUCCAGUGCAGUUCCACUGGACUGGUGUUUCUGAUGAAAGGGAAAGGAGAUGUGGUUUACAAGGUGACUCAAUGGGACAGCAGACUCCUGGGCUCCAGGAUACCAGCAGGACCCCUAUUCAGCAUUGACUGUCCUGAGCAGUCUGUACGCCAACUGCAUCUCCCACACUGUAUGUGUGAUGAGAAGGAUGACAAUUUGUCCGUGGCCCAUGUUACUGAUGACAACAUGGAGAUUGUUCAGCCACUCAAGACGACUGCUACACACGUCAUUGUAAACAUCACACACCUCUCCCUCUUUGGCCUCAUCAUAAAUUGGUUCUCCUUCCUCCCGGUCCGAAGCCAGGUGCUGCUGUUCCUCCGACCACAAGGGAACAGACCCCAGAAGAGCAUACUGAGUGUUAUGUUGUUGCCCAAGAAUGUGCCACUUUGUGAGGUGGAACAUCAACAGAAGGGGAGUACUUUCAUUAAAACCAGCUCCAACUGCACAUUGACUCCUAGAGGAAAAUAUGGUCUCUGCUGUGAGCUGGUGGCAAAUUCUACCAUACAGCCAAAAAGUGGGCAGUUUGACUAUGACUAUAGCCCAAACUUCCACCCCACAUUUCAGGUGUUUUUAGACUGCAUGUCGGGUGCAGAGAACAUCAGACUGAGUCUUUUAGACAGAGGAAGUAACGACCAAAGAGUGUGGGAGUGUCUAGUUCCAACAGGUUAG